AUAUCUUCAUUAAUAUUUACAUCUUUCCCUUUAAGUACUAUGAUAGAAAUUCCUUCAGGAGGUGGCGGGGAAGGAAUCUGAGCAGUGUGGUCGUGGAGGCAAAGGGAUCUAUGUGUGUGAGGAAUAUCAAGUCUACCUUAGCUGCCAGACAGUGUACACAUCUUCUCCACCGCCUCCCAGCACCUGCUCCUCUUGGGAAGAAAUGGAAGGAUCAGCAGGGUAACAGGAAGCAAGAUUAGCAAAGGAAAGAGAAAAGAACAAUGUGGAUGUUUUAAAAAUAGCUGGUUCCUGUGGAAGACCUCUCUCUCCAUUUGACAAAAUUACAUCCUUUACUUGGUGCACUACAUUUUUACUAAGUUAUCUGAUUGUAGUUCCACUUACGAUUUGCAAAGGCCGAAGGUUUCUCAGUAUGCAGUCUGCACUGGUUUAACAUAUGACAAGGAGACAAGCAAUCCAUGGAGAAUGGCAAUGGAUAAGAUGCAGAUAAGAACGAAAGAGAAAUUAAGGAUGAAAAAACAGAGAAGUUUCUGAAAACUCAGAUUGUGCACUUCAGAAUAAUUCCAUAAAGGCUCAUCAUUUUAAUCAGCUAUUGAUUACACCGUGGGGACUUUCUACAGAUUCCACUCAAUGCUGCUUUUAAAAAGACUUUUCCCCCGAAAUAACAGCCUUUGGCAGCAUCUGGAAGAAUAGCAUUGCAGUGAAAUCCAUAACAAAGACUGCAAGCAGAUGUCACGACAAGAGAACAGCAUCUUGUAAAGAGGAAAAGUGACCAGACCAGACAGAUACAUUGUGAGGAUGAAACAAGUACUGAAAUAACAGAGAAAUCCAAGAAAUGGAAGCUGCUGCUUGUAAAAGAAGAAAAGCUGAGUAUCACCAGGGUUAAUAACUCCUACUUGAGAUCCAUGAAUGACUACAGAGUCACACUUCUAUAUCGAACUUUCCAGUGCCAUUAGUAACAUGCUGCCUGUCUGGGACAUCAGUACCCUCAUGGUGAGAAGACUACUACUUCUUCACACCAAAUAGAAGAGCUGCAGGAACAAUGGCUUCUAAGGUCUCAUGCUUGUACGUUUUGACAGUAGUUUGCUGGGCAAGCGCUCUCUGGUACUUAAGUAUAACUCGUCCUACUUCUUCCUACACUGGCCACAGACAGGUCAAUAGCAUAUCAAUAGCCAGAAAAAAUGUCUCCUUUGGCAACAUAAGAACUCGACCUAUAAAUCCACAUUCCUUUGAAUUUCUCAUCAAUGAGCCUAAUAAGUGCGAGAAGAGUGUCCCUUUCUUGGUCAUUCUUAUCAGCACAACUCACAAAGAGUUUGAUGCAAGGCAAGCAAUUCGGGAAACAUGGGGAGACGAAAACAAUUUUAAAGGAAUUAAGAUUGCCACACUAUUUCUUCUUGGGAAAAAUGCAGAUCCUGUGUUAAAUCAGAUGGUAGAGCAAGAAAGCCAAAUUUUUCAUGACAUUAUUGUAGAGGAUUUUAUUGACUCCUAUCAUAAUCUCACUCUGAAAACAUUAAUGGGGAUGAGAUGGGUAGCAACAUACUGUUCAAAAGCAAAGUAUGUUAUGAAGACAGACAGUGAUAUUUUUGUAAAUAUGGAUAAUCUUAUUUAUAAGCUGCUCAAACCUAACACCAAGCCAAGGAGAAGGUACUUCACAGGUUACGUUAUCAAUGGAGGGCCAAUACGAGACGUUCGCAGCAAGUGGUACAUGCCAAGAGAUCUGUACCCUGACAGCAAUUACCCACCCUUCUGUUCGGGCACUGGCUACAUUUUUUCAGCAGAUGUAGCAGAACUGAUUUACAAAACUUCCCUUCACACCAGACUCCUCCACCUCGAAGACGUGUAUGUCGGACUCUGUCUUCGAAAGCUGGGCAUCCACCCCUUCCAGAACAGUGGCUUCAACCACUGGAAAAUGGCCUACAGUUUGUGCAGGUACCGCAGGGUGAUCACAGUGCACCAGAUAACACCAGAAGAAAUGCACAGAAUUUGGAACGACAUGUCAAGCAAGAAGCAUCUUAGAUGCUAAGAUUUUUACAGAUGUAAAUACCUUUUUUACAUUUUGCUUUACUCUGGUUAUUUUUUGACAAAGUGAUGUACUGAUGUAAAGGUUAAACUGUGGGAUAUUACUGUGAGAGGAUUUUUAACGACUGAUUUUUCAUUGUCAUUUUGACUACUGGUUUACAGACUUCAGGCUCUUUUCAUAAGAACAUUACACCAGUCAAAGCUCAGAUUUUAUAUAUAAUCCUCUAUCACACACAUCAACUCCUGCAUCUGUAUGUAAAAGGACAGUAAUAAGCUACCCUGAGCUACUUAACAGUUCAUGCCCCAGCCUCUGAGAUAAGACUUGGGCCCUACAUAAAGAAGAAUAUACUUUUAACCCCUUUUGACACCCAACAUUCAUCCCUAGUUAGAACUUUGUUAAUAAAUUGAGCAGUAUAUAUUUGCAAAGAUCUCAUAUGCUUACGUUGGCAUCUAUAUCUUACACAACAACACGUACAGCUUCCAAACAGGUUGCUGAUGGUGCAAUAGCAGAAUUUAGACAGGUAGGAACAUCAAAGUCUCACAGGCCUUAGAACUAAACUCGCACACAGAAGUAUAUUUUAUCCCCCAGUCCUUUAAACCAUUUCAUAAAAUACUCCCUUUCCAUUCCAAUUUCACAAGUAGACCCAAAAAUACCUAAUCGAACUUUAAAAUGAAAUAGGAUGUGUAGAUUAAAUACAAGAUGGAAAACAUAUAGAGAAUCAUCUUAAAUAUCAGCAAUAAGAUACUUUUAAAGUGAGUGCAACAUUUCUCAUUAUUAUUUGUGCCUGUGAAUCUCUCCCUGUUUAGGAGAACAUGAAUGGGUAUGAUAACAUUAUUUUUUAUUUGGAAAGAAGACUGAACAACUUGUAUAGAAACACGUGAUUUUAUCAAAUGAUAAAACUGAUAGUUAAUAAGCAGCAUAUUCCAUCAACAUCAGUUGGUAUACUAUUUACCUAAAAAAUAAAAUAAAAUAAAAUAAUAAUCUAUCAUGAAAGAACAUUUCUUAAGGGUAAACUCUCUUUUUUUGCUACAGUGCAUAUGAAAAUGAGAUUACACCAUAUUUUCAAUGCUUUUUGUCUGAUCCAUAAUCUGUUGAAUGGACAACACACAAAUUUCAUAGAAAAACAGAGAACUUUU